AUGUCUGCCGCUGCCGCCGCCGCCGCGGCUUCCCCUCCGCCGCGGAGCGCGGUGCGAUCCCUCACUGACAGCCCCGCCGCCGCCGCCGCCGCCGCCCACGGCCGCCGCCGCCCGCUCCGAGCCGAGCCGAGCCGAGCCGAGCCGACCUGCGCCGCCGCAGCACCGCCGGCAGCGCCCCCGCCACGCCCGCCCCGCGGGCCUUACAUAACGCGGCCCCUGCCCACUGCCUCCCGCUGCCUCUCCCUCGCACGGCCAGGCUCGCGGGUACCCUGGGAAGGUGCCGCGCAGGGCUCAGCUUUUAUUUAUGAGAGCGUUUUGCAUCGCCGCUGUGUCCUCCCGGCACAGUCGCUCCGCGCCCCGGACCGCGGGCGUUGCGUGGCUGAGGCCGUGCGCUUCUGCGGCGCAGCGAAGCACCCGCAGCGCCGAGAGGAAAAGGGGCCGGUGGGGCUGCGGGUGGUGACAGCCUGCAGGUAUCAGUGCACCACACGGCAGGAACAGACGGGUGGGAACAUGGGACACCCAGACGGAACCUGGACGAAGCCUGUUCACCUGUUUGACCACCCUUUUGAUAAAAACUCCUUCCUCUAAAGUCUGAACCUCUCCUGGCAAAGCUUUGAAUCAUUCCCACGCACCCUGUCACUGGAUACCAAGAAGAAGAUCUCAACACUUCCUCUCCACUUCCCCUUCUCAGAAAGCUGUGGAGAGCAAUGAGGUCACUUCUUAGUCUCCUUUUCUCCAAACUAGACAAA